AUGGAAGUUACGAUGAUGUGAGCGCCAUUGCUAGGAUCUUGGAUAAUAUCUUACUAUUUUAUGGUAUUUUAGUUGAUGCUGUUUGGAUACAAAUCCUUCGAAACGGCUUCAAGAAAGGGAGGCUAAAUGGACAGUACGUCCAUUAUUACCCAAGCAAGCAGGGAAGAGGAACAACUAACAAGUUUUCCUCCAGAAAGAGCUUUGACAACAGUAAAAAAGCCACGUCACAAAGGUUUUAUCAAUACAUUGCUCUGCUGCUUUGGUGCAAAAUCGAAACGAGCAAACCCACCCAUCCAUGCUGUAGAUAGGCAUAGAAACGACAAGAAUCCUUGUCAAAAGCCAAAGGGCUUCCUUCCUCCUAGAGAAAGUAAACACCUUCUUCCACAGGUUAAACAUCAAGAUGCUCACAAGAUGUGCCUGGUCAUUGAUCUUGAUGAAACACUUGUUCAUAGUUCAUUUAAGCCCAUUAGUAAUGCUGAUUUUAUAGUUCCUGUGGAAAUUGAUGGAGUCAUCCAUCAGGUAUAUGUUCUUAAGAGGCCUUAUGUAGAUGAGUUUCUUCAAAAAAUGGGCGAAAUGUAUGAAUGCAUUUUAUUCACAGCUAGCCUAGCAAAGUAUGCUGAUCCUGUGGCUGAUCUCUUGGACAAAUGGGGUGUUUUCCGUUCUCGUCUUUUUAGGGAAUCUUGUGUCUUUUAUCGUGGUAAUUAUGUCAAAGACCUUGGUAGGUUAGGUCGAGAUCUUCAUAAAGUUAUUAUAGUAGAUAAUUCUCCUGCUUCCUAUAUCUUCCAUCCAGAUAAUGCAGUGCCUGUUAAUUCAUGGUUUGACGAUAUGUCAGACACUGAGCUACGGGAUUUGAUUCCCUUCUUUGAGCAGCUAAGUAAAAUGGAUGAUGUGUAUUCAGUGUUACGUAACUCAAACCAUGCUGCAGGUUCGCACCCUCAGCCAAAUACUGUGAACGGCUCUCAUUUCAUUACUCCUCCGUUACAGCAUGUGAAUGGACUAAUGCAACCCUCUUAGCAUAGCCAUAAAAACUAUGAAGGUGAAUCAUAAUUAAAAUUAAAAAUCAAAGGGCUGAUUUCUUGCCGUGGCAACUAAUAAUGUUGGAAUAAGUGCAUAGUUGUUGCUAAAAUGAGCUGAAAAUUAUGCUUAUAAUUUGAAGAACUUGGAAUUGUUAUUCAAAUUUUAAUCUUUAAAUUACAUGACUGCAUAUUACAUGCCUGAAUGCGUUAUGUUGAGUAUACCAUCCCAAUUUUGUUGAACAUUUACUUCAUCUAGAAUACGUCAUGUCAUAAUCAUAGAAAACUAAACCAUUUUUAUUGCUCCACAUGAUAUACUUAAAGCAUUUUAUGUGAAAACUUUCAUAAACAUGUAAAAUAUAUUCAGAAUCCAUUUGAUUCUUGUUUGAGCAUAUUUAUAUAUUACUAUACGUGCCUUAUUUUUUGUCACAGUUUAGUAAUAGCUGUACAUAAUAAUUUUGUCUGAGUUCUAUUCAAAUUUUAAAAAUAUAUAUAGUUGUGUGUAAUGUGUGAGAGAGAGAGAGUUUAUCUCUUUGUUUUUAUUAAAGUAUGUUUUGUUUGGUUUAAAUAUUCUAUUUCUGUUGUCUUUUUUGCCUCUGAUUUCUUAUUUGCGACAAUAUUUUAAAACUUUCAUUGAAAUAAUUUUAGCCGUUUACACUGCUUCUUGAAGGUUUUUAAUUAAAAUAAAUGUUGAUUUAUAUUUUAUUUAAAAUUUGAAAACCAUUAUAUUUAUAAAACCCAUUACUUUUUAUCGGCAGCUUUUUGCUAAGUUUAUAUUACAUUCUUCUAUGAGAAGAUCACAUUUGCUUGUUUACUGUUUUCCUUUGUAAAACAUUGGAGUUUGGAAAUAUGAAGCUAUAUCUUCAUGUCUGAAUAUUAUUUUUAUAUAUAUGUACUAAAACAAAUGUAUUGUAUAUCUGCAUGUUGCCAUGGCAAAGAAAGGCUUUCAGCCACUUUAAGAUUUGUGACAGAUAUUCAAUAUCUGUCAUUUAAUCAUCAGCCAAGAAAUCAAAUAGCUUAUAUAUUGCUGCAUUCAGCCAUUUCAGAACUGUUUUAAUAAUUGCAGUCAUAUGGCAGUAACACAGCAAAUACUGACAAUUGCUUUGAACAAUGAAUCAUGUCCAGCUAUUCAUAUCAACGAUAUAGUUUUGUUUCUUUCUUCUGUUGUUUUGCUGGAAAUGUAUAAAUAGCAAUACAGUUUAUUUUACAUGGAAAGACUGAAAGUUAUGCUAGAAACUGAUUUUCUGUGACAUUUCUUUUAAUAUUGGAGCUUUGACACAAAAUUGAUAAAUACAAUUUCUAGAACAGGUUUUCAAAGUAGCAUUUUAAAAGCAACAUUUCUAUUGUAAAUUCAGUUGGUUUUAUGAGCUAUGUUCUACACAUGGUUAGAUGUUGUGAAACUUCUUGGUGCAAAUAGAAUGUGAUAAAUCAAGUUAUGUUAUAUUUGUAGCUAAUAGCUCUUUUAAGCAAUUUGUUAUUUUAAUCAACUUUGUACAUCCAGAACAAAUUUGGUGGGGAAUUCCAAUUUUGUAACAGUAUGUGAUUGGUAAUACUUCAUAGUUUCAUAUUUAUCGUAAAAGUUGUUUCAUUAAAUACUUGCAUCAUAGUUAAAUUAAUGCAGUAAAACCUCUCUGUUACGGACAUGUAUGGGGAUGUUACUAUUAACUUUUUGAAAGCGUGAAUGUUUAGCCGAGGGACAGGAAAGGAGUUUAGUAAAUUAGUUUCAUAAUAAUAAAGUAAUCUUUUUGAAAACUUAUUUGAACUUGUAGAGAAGGAACUUGUAUGGCAGCCAAAAGAUAUUUGUCCGCAAUUAGAUCAAUCCUUCAAGUUGAGGAGAGAUAAAACUUUUGGUAAAAGAUGCCAUUUAAGUUUGUUUCAAAUAAAAUUACUCAUCAUAGGUUUGACUGAUUUCAAGUACAUCAUGCUUUAAAUUUAUUUCAACUAUUUCAUCUUUUUAAAAAAAUAUAUGAACAUAUAAAAAUGUCUUUAAAAAAAUCAGUUUACUUAUUUGAUUAUCACUUAAAUUUUUAAUUUUUUGUUAUUUGGUGAAACUACUGUUGAGAAUCCCCUUCAUUACAUAAGUUUUCCACAUUUGUUACACUCUCAACUAUUUCCUCUCGUGUCAAAGAACUUUUUGGUGUUCAACCUCCUUUCCUUCCUUCACAUUAUAAGUAAAAUCAUCACCUUAAAAGAAAGAGUCCGUUACUUUCUCGAAUUUCAUUACUUUUAAACAUCCCUCAGUUUAAUGUAUUGAAAAUGAGAGAAAAUCCGAGAUUUUUAUUGGUUUCUUAUUUCAAGAGAGAAUCUUUUCCAUUAAAAUCGUGUAUAGGUGUUCAUUUUAACAAGAGAAACAAGUCAUAUUUUAAACCAGUCUAGCUAUGUCUGUCUCUUCUUCAGAGAGUGCCCAUUUUAACAGGAGGAUUUAUGGUUUACUCAAGAUGGAGUAAUAAAAUAAUUGUGCCCGUUAAAACUAAGUUUCUGCUUUGAAGGGUGUCCGUGAAGUGAGGUAUCACUGUAGAAUUUUUAUAUUUUUAAACUUCUCAAAACCAACAGACGAUGAUGUAGUCAAUUGAAAGACAGUUCAAAAAACAUAAUAAAUAAUAUUAGUUCUCCAACUGUAAGAAUUAAUCUGUGUUUAGAGUGCACUUUUUAUUCAAAGAAGCUUUAAUUUUAAAAAUAAUAACUUUAUACUGUAAACUCACGACAAUUACAAAAAUGCAGCUUUUGUCACUGAUUAAAACUUUUGCUACCUAUUAUUUUGUUAAAGAAAAAUAUUUAUGUACCUCAUUGAGUUGAACUGUAUGCAAUUAAAAUUUUCCUGCUUUAAAAAUUCAAGUUCCGCUGCAUAAUAUUGCUUGUUUUGAUUAAUUUUUAGUUUUUGUUACUAUGAAAUAAGUUUAAAUAUACACGAUUUAGAUAAAACAUCCUGUUUAUCGAAAAAUUUAUCUGUACCUUGGAGCAAAAACAACCAAUGUCAGGUUUUGAUCAAACUUAGUUUGUGAUAAGAAAUCUGUCCACAGUAUUUUUCGGUGCAACUACAGACACUGUGAUGAACUCUAGAAUUGGUAUAGUGAUUACAUUUACGGAAGUCCUAUAAUCUUUGUUUUUCAGCAAUUAAUCUUUUAUUUAGGGCUAAAAAAACUGAUUUCAUUCAUAAUUCAAUCUAAUUAAGAGGAUUAAAAAUUAUAUGCACAUUCCAAUCUUAACAUGAGAGUAUAAUUUCUUGAAGGGUUCAAAAUUUUGCUGGUCCUGGGUGUGAAAGUUGAAAAGAACCAGCAAAAAUAAGAAACUUAAAACCACUUUUUUCAAAACUAUUUUCGACAUUGGUUGUUCUUACUCCACAGUACAGAUAUAUUCACAUUAGGAAACUGUAUAUGUAUUACGUUGUGCUACAACACAUUUCAAUUUUGAAUUUUAAAAGUAAUUUCCCAUUUGUUACCAGAAAUCUAAACCAGUGCAGCAAAUUUAUGUAUACAUUGUUGGUUUUACUGGGUUUAAUUCCUUAGCCUUUUCGAAUUAACGUUUCAGUUUUAAAAUUUAUUGUUAUUUAAUGCUUCAUAUUAAUUUUUUCUUACUGAUUUCAUUGUGCCUAAUUACGUUGGUGCUUUUUUAAAAUGCCUACUUUGGUUUAAAAUUAUUCACCUGUACCUCAAUGUACAGAAGAUUUUAUAUCAUGCAUCAUAAUAGACGUGCAUGAAGACCAUCAUAUCGAGUUGUUCUGCUUUGUUAGGACAUGAUAGUUGCUGUGUAAAUUGAUUGAUAUUAUAUGUACAUAUGUUUUUUUAACAGUAUUUUCCCACUUGUCAUCAAUUUUCUCUUGGAUUUUUUUUCUGACAAAAUUAAAGAAAUAUAUAUUACUAAUAUUUGUGAAAUCCUUUGAUUGUAUUAAGUGCAUAGUUUAUUAAUUCUUAAAUCUGCAAUUUCACUAUGUUAGAAAAUAUUGUUGUAUUGAGUGGUGGUUUUGCUGAGGGAGAGAGGAAUUCCUAAAACAUACUCUUAACUGAAUUUACAAUUUUUUUCAUUUUCUUACACAUAUCCUUAUUAUACUAAUAUUGUUGCUAUAUUUGGUUUAAUUUUAAUUUAUGCACCAAACUUUUCAAGAAUUAAUGUAAUAAAUUGAAAAACAUAAACACUGUUAGGUUAAUUCCAAAGUGGGUAAAUUUGCACACAAGUAGGAAUGUAAAAGAUACUAAAAUAUAUACAUUUUUAAUGUUGUUCUUAAUUCUGUUCCAUCCAGAUAUGUAUUUUUAUUAAUUGGUAUGUCGAAAUUUGCAAAGAAAAAUUUGGAUAUUGUGUACAAAGAUAGUUCCCCCCCCCCCUUUUUUUUUGAGUUUUCUUCAACAUUUGCUAGACUUGUGUAUCGAAUGUUAAAGUAGUAUAUUAAUACCCUAAGUAGUACUCAGUUUCAUACAUUCAUUAACUUAAACAAAUCUCUAGUAACAUUCACAAAUUAUCAUAAAUAAUUCCAAAAUGAUAUGUACAUUCUUACUAAAACAUUUCUAAAAUAUAUUUUUUUGAGGUUUAAAAGUAGUUUAUCUUUAAAAUUUCAAGGGAAGUUGAUGACAAUUUAGAAAAUGCAUUUGAUAUUGUUAUGUAUAUAGAUAAAGAGACUAAUCUGUUACUUAGGCUUAUCAGGCUUACUCUAGAUUUAAUAGAUUAUUUCUCUUGCAGUUGAGUUCAUUAACACCAGCAAAAAAUACUGAUACAUUUUUUAUACUGUGUACAGUGGCCUUACAAGUUCCACACAUCAUUUUGUACAGACUUUUUGUGUGGACACACAAAAUCACUUUAUUUCCGAAUGUGGUUGCUAUAUUUAAAAUAAAUGUUUCAUUACACUUCCCAUGCAUUUCAGUGGGAUAAGUUAGUGGAGUUUCCAAGUCGUGUCCUUAUUGUUACACUAACUUAUCUCUUAUCUUUCAUAGAUGACAGCAUGAAGUGUAAAACAAGUAAUUUUCUGCCAGGAGACUUAACCAGUUUAUGAAUAAUAUUACAGUUAUUGUGAACAUUUUUGCAAAUGAUAUUCAUGCAAAUUUCAGUACUGAACUGUCAAAUAACGUUUUAUAUUUAUUGAACCUUUUUACACAAGAACUUUUUUUAGACUUACAAAAGCAAUAAAUUAUAUGAAAUGUUAAUGUGUGUGUAUAUGUAUAUAUUUAGGAGAUAUUUUCUUUAGAAUUUCAUGUGAAAUUGUUCACUGCAGGAAAUGAGUAUUAUUUUUUAAGAGCGUUACGUAAAAUUUUAGAAAUUAUCAGAUUUCUGAAGGCUUUGUCUUGUUUUUCUUUUAUUUUUACAAUUCCUUUUAGAUACAUCAUUUAGUUGAUUUUUAGCAUGAAAAAAAUGUGAAAAAUAAAAUUUAUCAUUAGUAAUUAUUUUUUAAAUCAAGAGAAAAGAUAAUUUGCAUUUCUUUAUUGUUUUUGCAAGGUAGUUAAACUAUUAUUUAGAUUGAAUUAUAUGCUCUCUACAAAUGCAAUAAAUCCUCAAGGGGGUAAGGCAAACUAUUCAUAUAUAUAUACGUGUGUGCUUGUUUGUAAGACAGAAAUUGGAGAAUGUCAACUUUCGCCGGUGAUUCACUAGUGGUCUUUCACAGCAAUGUAUUUCCAUAACAUGUAUUUACAGUCAACUCUCGAUAUCUCAACUUGCUGAGCUCAAUUUCCCACUUAUUUCGAAGUUUUUAGAUGGUCCCUGACUGUUGUGAAUGUUGUAUAAUGGUUUUUUUUUUUUUUUCAUUUACUCGAAGUUCAUUCUGUUUAUCUUGAAAUUUCCGGCAGCCAUCCUUUAACAUUCAUUGUCCUGAUUUUUAUUAGGUAAAUCAACCAUUUACUUCACUUUCUUAGAAAAUUCUUGCUGGCACUUUUACCAUUUGCUCCUUAGGUGGUGUUAAGAACAUUGAGGGUCUAAGUUCCAAAGUUUAAUCGACAGGUCAUCACUUACUUUGACGAGAGAGAACUGAAAUGCACUCAUUGCUAUUUAAUAUUUUUUAGUCCUUAUUGAAAUUAUUCCCUAGUUACUGCAAGAGAUGGAGAGUCGACUGUAUAUACAUAUAUGUACAGGGCUCCUAGCAAGUGGGAAAAAAUAUAAGAGUUUAAAAGGUAAAAUAUAGGAGUUGAGUAGAAAAAUAUAUAGGAAUUUCAAAAAAGUAUAGGAUCUAGUAUGUUUGAAGCACUGUACAAAAAAAAAAAAAAAAAAAAAAAAGAGUGCCAUUAUCAAUACAAUUUUAUAGUGCAUGAAGUCAUAGCAAUGUGAAGAGAAACAGGUGCAAGAGCAAAUGAAUUUUCGUCCUACAGCCGCUUAUAUAAAUCAUGUUUGUUUAAGACAAUUUUGAUUCAGUUAAGCAAAAUUUUGCUUGCACGUUUUUUUUUUUUUUUUUUUAAUGUGGACUUUUACAUAGAAUUUAAGAGAACUUUAUUAAAUUUUUAGUCAAACCAGGUAUCAGUAGAAGUAUAAUACUCACUCAAAAUAUCCAUUUGUUGAUGAUUUCAAGAAUUUUAUCUCAAAACAGUAUGAAAAAGCAAUUACAAAAUUCAGAUUUUAACUUACGUGCUUCGAAAAAUGUAUCUCUUAUUAAUUGCUAAAACUACAUAGGUAAUAAUUAAUUUGGACACUUUUUUAAUGUCAUAAAUCUACCCUUAGUCCUUGGUAUUGGUAUGUCAUUGCUAACACUAAUGAUGAGAAAGCCGAGAGCACAGAAGUCACGUCGACUCCAUGUCUCUCUGUCUCACUUGUUUUGUUGGACUUUUCCUGAGAAAUCCAUUACAAAAAGUGCAUCACUCUGCUUUCCCUCCAUUUCACUAUUCACAAAAAAAUAAAAAAAUAAAAUAAUAAUUUUACUUAAUUCAUUUAAGCGGCAUGUUUGAUUCAAAUAUUCAGCAAUUUUUUAAAUGUUAAAACAGGAUUUUGUUUUGUUUCUGAGGAAUUGAUUCACUAAAGUGGUUGAUUCAACUACCCGGACUAUAACGGUAUUAUCCAUAACUUACAGUUAAUGUGUGUAUAUAUAUGUAUACAUAUGUAUAAAAUGUGAAUUUGGCCUAAUCUGCUAAACGAAAGGGGGUGUUAAAAGAGCCCAAGUGGAGCAUAGAACUAUCCAUUAUCCUGUCCGAUUUGUAACACCGUAAUUAAGUUAUGGUAGAUAGAAACAAAAUGAGAAAAAAAAUAAAUAAAUUUCUGAGAUUAAAACCGAUUCCUAAAAUUCUUGAAAAAUCUACACACAAAAUAAAUACAUAUUAGAAAAAAGCAGACAAAUUCCAAAAAAUAACACUUUGUUCAUCGAGAUAGUUACAUUUUUCAGCGAGCUGCAAGCUUUGAAACAUUUGAAGUACUCAAAGUUGAAUUGGUACCAAAAUCUGUACACCGCAUUUUCAAAAACAAUUGUUUGAGCUACCACCAUUCAUUUGAAUUACAAGUAAGAUUAUAUGUGACAAAAUUAAAAGCUUUCAAAAUCUUUACAGCAGUACACUUAAAGUCAACAAAACAUACUACUAAAAUUACUAAGUAAACGCAUUAAAAGAAAAGAAAAAAAUCAUUGAAAACAAAUUUAGAGUUGCAAGUAAAAUAUUUUGUAUAUUUCAUAAAAAUAAUUAAAUAGAAGUUUAGUAUAUAUGCCAACAUUAAAGAAGUAAGAGUGCACAGAGCAGUGGAGAAAGAAGAAAAAAAUGGAUCAAAGGUUUUUGUAUUUUUGGGUAGUAUUUAACGUCCGAGGGAAAAAAGAUAGGAGUUAAUGAAUAAAUAUAGGAGAUGUAGGAGGACUAUGAGCCCUGUAAACAAUGUAUCUGCAUCCUGUUCUAUCAUUAGAACUUAAUGGAACAUAAUAGAAUUUAACAGAAAUCGUGCAUGAGAAUGUAUUUGGUGUGGUAAAAUGCUUUAAACUGGGGGGAGGGUUUUCUUGCAGAAUUUGAAAAUUUUGUUACAAGUUGCUUGAAGCAAAGUUUUAAAGUGCAAUCAUAAUUCUAAAAUUUAUUAUUAUUUUAGGUUUUCUACUUGCAAUUAACAAUAUAGCCUUUUUAAAAAACUUAUGCUUUUUAAAUGAUUUUUCUGACUUACAAAUUUGAAAAAUGUACACCCCAAUUUGUUUUUGUGGCUUAGUUUAAAUGAAUGAUAAAUUACUCUAUAAUAUAGACCCUAUGCAUAUAUUUAUAGAGAUUUUCUUUUUAAUUGGAACAUUAUAUUAUAAUUUAAAUGCAAGUGAUUUAAGCAUUGCACUUUAGUAGAAGUAGAUUUUUUUUUUUUUUUGAGUUUCCCUACUACUUUAGAUGUGCAUCUAUUUUAAUGCUAAUUAAUAAAUAGCUAUGCAUAAGCAUCAACUUAAUUGCAGAUACUAAAAUCUCACUUCACUGAUUAUGAUUCAAAAAUGUAAAUAGGUUAACGCUCAAAGAAUUUCAACUGUUGCUCAUAAUCUUUUUAUAUGCUCUUCCUGUCGAGUCAAAUCAAGUAGUGUCCACAUCAUUGAAUAGAUAUGUUGAGUAACAUAGUCGAGUCAAAAUGCUAUCUUUUCAUCUGAAUUCCAUAAAUGAUCAACAAAAAAUUUUAAUUUCUACUUGGCAAAUGUUUAGAUCUUGUUGCAAUACUUGUUGACUGUUGUUAAUAAUCAUCAAUGAUGAUGUUUUUGAACUGACUUAAAGAGGUGAUGUAACCCUUAAGCUUCUGUUGGAGCUUCUCGCGGCCAUCAGUUUUUGUGGCGCUAUAGGUAUUUGCAUUUUUCAAAAGAAGCAGGAUGUUGAAGGACAAAUCAACAUUGUUUGUUUAAUUGUUGGAAGCUUGUUGUAAUCUUAGUUUGCAAGGCAAAACUAAGAUGGGUAGAAACUUCAAAAAAAUAAAAUAAAAUAAAAAUAAAUAAAUAAAUAAAUCAAUAUAUAAAGGCAGAAAUAAAUAUGUUUCGAACCGCAUAUGAAGAAUAACUGCACAAGUUUAAUGCUGACCCACUAUCUUCAAGUAGUUAUAAGGUUUGAGUAUAAAAGUACAUUUCUUUCUUGUUUAAAAUUUCAUCCUAAAAAUGUUCAGUGUUUUUUUUUUUUUUUCCAUUCAAAUGAGGGCGUCUUAAUUUUUUUUUAAAUCUUCACUGGCAUUAUUUUUAAAACUUGUCUGUUUCAGAAUUGUUCUAUCAAAAUUCUUUGUAUGCAAAAGUAUAAAACUACGUAACUUCCAAUUCACUAAAUUUUCUGAGAACACAUAGUUAGUAAUAUUUUGUUUAUUGUGAUAAAUGUCAUAAGUUUUGAAUAAGGUAAGGAGAUGCAUUCUCUCCAAUUCAAGUGGUCCAAGAUUCAUCAUAUUAGGGACUUAACGUAAAUGAGUUAGAAAUACAGUACUCAACCUCUUAUUCGCUGAUGUGAACACAUGCUGAAUAGUAUUGAAAAAUACAACUGAAUAUCAGACAGACACCAUGCUCAAGUUUCCACAAUGAAAUAAAUGUUGCAAUUGUAGCGUAUUAGUUGUGCCAAGAUUACAUCAGUGUUUCCAUGUGAACUAUGUCUUCCGGAAAAAAAUGUAUAGAUUCCUCUGUAAUUUAGCCGGUGUUAAAAACAUAUAUUUUACAUAACUGGUUUGUUUCCUAGUCCUUUAUUUGAAUUCUUAAAAGUUGGUUGAAGUUUGUUCCCAAGUUUUUUUUUUUAAAGCUCAUGCAAUUCAUUUUUAUAAUUUCAACAAACUAUGACCUGAUCUUACUUUUCUAUGCUUUUUCUGCCUUUUAAUAAAAGCUAUAUUUCAAUUGUAAAUAUAGAUUGCUCAGGAAGUAUGGUAUUAUUUGUGUAAAUAUAUUUCUUUUUUAGAAGUUUGUUUUAUAUAGAUUAUUUAAAACUUUUUUUUAAUUAGCAAUCACUGACUGAUGCAAUGUUGAAAAUACUAAUCAAAGUCUUCAAUUAAAAUGCUUGUUUAAAAAGUUAAUAUUUUUCCACUCAAGUCUCCUGGCAGUUAAAUUGUCUCACCCAGUCAAAUUGUUUUUGUUUUUAAAUUGUGGUUGGUCCUGUUGAAAUUACCUCUUAGUGUUGUGCUGAAGUCCAAAACUGUGCCUUUUGUUUCUACACAAGAUCUAGCAGCUUCCUUUUGCUGGGGCUGUGUAUUCACACAAGGACUUUUUAUAUCAUAAAUAGAUUUUCUUUGAAAUAAACAUUCAGUUACUGAA